GCGUGACAACCGAGAGAGAUGAAAAUUAACCAUUCAAAGUAUAUGAUUUUGCUUUUGUUAAAAGGAAACGGACCACGUUUGCAUAUAAAGAUUAAAGACUCGAUUAUGAUGCUUACGAUGUUGUACCAUAUACCGAUUAUACCAUCUACAAGUGUUGAAGCUGGAUUUUUAGUCUAGUGAUGGGGGAUUGGAGGUAUGCAUACUUAAAGAUGGAGUUAUAACCCUCCUCUCAAUAUUUAGUAUGAGGUUAUUAUGCAAAUAAAAAAAAGUAUGAGGUUAUAAAGCGUAGAUUCAUAGAGAAAACUAUGGAGAAUCUAAAUUCAUUUUCACGAAACUUACUACAAAUUAUUUAGUUUUACUCCCUUCUCUACAAAUAAUGAUUUCAUCACUAAUUUUAUGACGACACGUCGACGAUAUUUUCAAUCUAUUUCUUAAAUUAUUAGUCUCGUUGUGUUUCUAAUGCCAGAUCAAUUGUUUAACCCUUGAUGUAUUAUUGAAUAUCUGAUAUACACAAUUGGCAAAAAUUUCACUUUGGUUCAAUGGGAAAAAAUAAUCACUUCGCAUGGUUACUAUGUUAGUGAGAAAAAUAUUAAGCAACAGAAUUAAGAACUCAGAAAUGGACAAAUGGUAUAACAACAUUAAAUAGAUUUUCUCUAAUUAUAGAACGAAAAAAACCCGGUUUUGGUGUCCCAAACGCGGCACUGACAGGCUGAAAACGGAGGCGAAAUGUACGCACGUGAAUCACACGGACUAUUUCUCAUCCGUCCAGAUCGAUGAACAGAGACGAAUCAACGGCCCCGAUUUAUUCCUUCCGCUCCCUCCUCCUCCGGGCUAUAAAUAUCAAACCUUCCUUUCUUCUCCAUUUCCCCUGCACCAGCAAAAAGUUUGCAGCAAAACAGAGCGAAGUAAAAACUCAAGCUUUCCAUUGAGAGAAAUUCAUAUUAAAAAAAACAAAAAAACAUUCAGAAAAUGCUUCUUCGUAGCGCUUCUACUCCGAUACUGAACUCCUGGAUCCCACACUCCAAAGAACCGCAACCACCGCCGGCGGAGCCCGAGUUCUUCCCCCGGCAUUCACUCGCGAAAACCAGACCCGUCUCGCUCACCGCCUCCCCUCCGAGUCUCAUCCCUUCGCCUUCUUCCUCGUCUCCCCACGAGGAUUCCGUCAGGAAGAUGACGAGAGCGCUCUCGGAGACGGAUCUGAGGAAGCUUUCGCCGGCGGUGCCGAGGAGGAAGCCGGUGAACACGGUCUUUGUCGAGGAAGAGGAGGAGACGGAAGAAUUGGGCGGUGGGUUCUUCCUGGGAUCAAAUGGGUUGGGAGAUGAUUGUGCUGCGGAUGGUGGGUUGGCCACGCUUUUGGUCGGCGGCGGCGGGAGGAUUGGCGGAGGAGGCGGCGGUGGAAGCUCCAACGGUGGCGGGAGAGAUGGGAAUUCGGAGUUCUGGGAUUCGAAUUACAAGACGGAGGUGUAUUACGAGGCGAUGAUCGAUGCGAAUCCCGGGAAUUCGCUUCUUCUUGGCAAUUAUGCCAAGUUUCUGAAAGAGGUUCGUCAGGAUUUCGUGAAAGCGGAAGAGUACUGCGGGAGAGCAAUCUUGGCUAAUCCGAACGACGGCGAUGUUCUUUCGAUGUACGCGGAUUUGAUAUGGCAGAGCCAUAAGGACUCUUCUCGAGCUGAAAGUUACUUCGAUCGAGCUGUCAAAGCUGCUCCUGAAGAUUGCUAUGUUCUUGCUUCAUAUGCUCAUUUCCUUUGGGAUUCCGAAGAAGAAGAAGAGGAAGAAGAACAAAGGGGAUUGGAUUUGAUUCCAGAGAUGAACAAAUUGUCACCACCAAAUUAUUUCCAUGGAAUUCCACCUCUCCCUCCUCCAAUAGCUGCUGCUUCUUGAAAAAAGCUUGAAUCUUUGGCCAGAAAAUCUUGUAACAUAGCGCUUCAGAUUUUAUAGCAUCUAAGUUCUAACCCACCACCCUUUUGUUUAUAGCCCCGUUCCCUUUUUGUUACCAGUUUUGGCUUUUCUUAUUUCAAUCCCUGCUAGUACCUCUCUUGUAGAAUCGUAAUAAGAUAUGGAAUGAGUCUAUUUGGCUUACUCGGUCUCUCUUUUUCUCAAUCUCUCUUUCUCUGUGUGUAUAUGUGAAUAUUCCAUCGACAAGGGGACAAAAAUUAUCUCUCCCUGCUGCAAAAGGUAAAGGCCAUCCCUUGCGGAUGCCAAAAGGCAUAGAUCCUUUGUUUGCUCAAGCAGCCUCUUUUCCACGCAGCUUAAUGAAGGCUUUUCAUCAUCUUCCAUGGAAGCUUAAUGAAGGCUUUGUUCAGUGUCUGUCAUACUGUAUUGUAUAGCGUAUUCAUGCUAGUUAGAUCAGGUACCGCAGAUCAAAUUGAUACAUUUUAUCCGAAUUACGAUACUCUUGCUGCAACUUUUCUAUGGUUUCGCUGUUAAGCCGGUUGAAUCUCCUCUAUGAUUUCACACAUUGGUAUUGAUUGCCCAUUCCUUUUUCUUAUCUUGGAGUGCUUUUAAAGCAGGUUCUUAUGGUCCAUACAUAUACAUGUGAUUGCUGUUGACAAAACCUCCUAAUGUUCAGUGUACCCAUCCCACUUCCACAGGCUGCUGCUUCUUUUGGAAUUUUCUUCGUACCCUUUUACCUUUGGCCUAUACAGGGAAAUAGGGUUCAAUUAUUUGAUGUGUCCUUUGUUCAGGUAAGUUGAUUAAUAUGGAGCUCCAUGUUGCACCUCUGUUCUGGUGGCACAUGGCUUUACCGUGAAUGCCUCCGAAUAGGAAGUUAGGCUCACUUUUUUUCACAGGAUGGGCAAAACCCAUUUGUUUGCUGGCUAAUUAAGUAAAGUUGGAUGAUGAAAGAUAAUUAGUAGCUGUUGAUAUGCACCGUUAAUGUUAUGAUCAUCAUAAUUGCUGCUGAUUAAGAAAGGAUUACAAACAAU